UCGUCGUUCCCCUGAGCGAAGCUAUUUGGCAAAUCCGGUCCCCAUCGUUCUCUGAGCUGCAACACGUCGCUGCAACCGUUUCGACAGUAAUUCCACCUCUUUUGCUGCUUUAUUCGAAACAUUAAGUGAAGCUCCACAAUGGCUACGGAUCCCGACCCCACCGCAUUUCUGUUUGUGUCCCUUGAGCAGAAACGCAAGGAUCAGACGAAGCCGUACGAUGGGAAAAAGAUGGUUUGGGUGCCCGAUGAAAAGGAGGGCUUUGUGCUCGGAAACAUCGAGAGCCAAAAAGGUGAUGACGUUGUGGUUGAUUUGCCCGGCGGCAAGAAAACUGUUAGAAAAGAUUUACUUCAACAGGUCAACCCGCCGAAGUUCGAGAAGUGUGAGGAUAUGUCCAAUUUAACCUACCUGAAUGACGCCUCCGUACUCCACAAUCUCAAGGAGCGCUACUACAGCAACCUCAUUUACACUUACUCGGGCCUGUUUUGCGUGGCGAUCAAUCCCUACAAACGGUUCCCGAUCUACACCCCUCGAGUCGUCGCCCUUUACAGGGGAAAGAGACGCACGGAAGUACCUCCACACGUGUUCGCCAUUUCUGAUGGAGCGUAUAUGGCCAUGCUCACAAACAAGGACAAUCAGUCGAUGCUGAUCACCGGUGAGUCCGGAGCUGGAAAAACCGAGAAUACAAAAAAGGUGAUCGCCUACUUCGCCAUCGUCGGUGCAAACCUACAGACCAAAGAUAAAGAGCCUAAGGAGGGUAAGAAGGGCAACCUCGAAGAUCAGGUCGUACAAACCAACCCUGUUCUCGAAGCUUUCGGUAAUGCUAAAACGGUCCGUAAUGAUAACUCGUCCAGAUUCGGAAAAUUCAUUCGUAUCCACUUUGGACCAACUGGUAAACUUGCUGGAGCUGAUAUUGAAACCUACUUGCUAGAAAAAGCCAGAGUUAUCUUUCAGCAAGAGAAGGAACGAUCGUAUCAUAUUUUCUACCAGCUUAUGUCAGGAAAGAUCUCCGGCCUUAAGGGCAAAUUGUUGCUAAGCAACAACAUCACUGAUUAUCACUUCGUCUCGCAGGGAAAAACUGAAAUUCCCGGCGUCGAUGAUGGCGAGGAGCUCAAGCUCACCGAUAACGCCUUCGAUAUCCUUGGUUUUAGCGAGGAGGAGAAACUCUCGAUUUACCGCAUCACGGCAGCUGUCAUGCAAAUUGGAUGUUUGAAAUUUAAGCAGCGCCCUCGCGAAGAACAGGCCGAAGCUGAUGGAAGCGAAGAAGGCGAACGUGUUGCUCAACUUCUUGGUCUAGAAGCACCUGAGCUUUACAAGAACCUUUUGAAGCCCCGUAUUAAGGUCGGCACCGAAAUGGUAACCCAGGGGAGAAAUCUCACCCAGGUCGUAUCAUCAGUGGGCGCCCUGGCCAAGGCAAUGUUUGAUCGCCUCUUUAAGUGGCUUGUCAAGCGUGUCAAUCAGACACUCGAAACUCGUCAAAAACGGGCUCAUUUUAUCGGUGUGCUGGAUAUUGCCGGAUUCGAAAUUUUUGAUUUCAACAGCUUCGAACAACUGUGCAUCAACUUCACAAACGAAAAGCUUCAGCAAUUCUUCAACCAUCACAUGUUCGUCCUGGAGCAGGAAGAGUACAAGCGAGAAGGUAUAAAUUGGACGUUUAUCGAUUUUGGUCUCGAUCUGCAAGCCUGUAUCGAAUUGAUUGAAAAACCAAUGGGUGUCCUAUCAAUCCUUGAAGAAGAGUCCAUGUUUCCUAAGGCUACGGACAAGACGUUUGAGGAGAAGCUCAAUAACAACCAUCUGGGCAAGUCAGCCAACUUCCAGAAGCCUAAACCCGGCAAAGCUGGUGCGCCCGCUGCCCAUUUUGCUAUUUCACACUACGCCGGCAUCGUGCCUUACAAUCUUACCGGCUGGCUAGAGAAGAACAAAGAUCCAUUGAACGAUUGUGUCGUUGACCAGUUCAAGAAAGGUUCUCUCCAGUUAUUGGCUGAGAUCUUUGAGGAUCAUCCUGGUCUGGGCGGCGAUACUGGAGGCAAAGGCGUCCGUAAAGGCAAAGGAUCAUCGUUCCAGACGGUGUCCCUCCUCUAUCGUGAACAGUUGCAAAAUCUUAUGAGAACGCUAAAUGCCACCCAUCCGCACUUCGUGCGUUGCAUCAUUCCCAAUGAGACGAAGUCGCCUGGCGUUAUUGAUUCACAUCUUGUCAUGCAUCAACUGACUUGCAACGGUGUACUUGAGGGUAUUCGUAUUUGCCGAAAGGGCUUCCCUAACCGUAUGGUCUAUCCUGACUUCAGGCAACGGUACAACAUUUUGGCCCCUAACGCAGCAACCGGCGUAGCUGAUGCUAACGAAGCAUCUAAGAAGGUCAUCGCUACCCUAGACCUGGAUCAAGACGAGUACCGCUUCGGUAGCACAAAGGUAUUCUUCCGCGCUGGGGUGCUGGGCCGCCUGGAAGAAUUACGUGACGAGCGUUUGGCCAAGAUCAUGACGAUGAUCCAAUCAGCUUGCAGGUGGUAUCUUUGCAAGAAAGGAUUCCAGAAAUUAAAGGAGCAACGGGUUGCUCUUGUGAUCAUCCAACGGAAUCUCCGUCGUUUUUCGCAGUUGCGCAACUGGCUCUGGUGGAAACUCUACUCAAAGGUGAAGCCUAUGAUCCACGUAGUACGCGCCGAGGACGAGAUUAAAGCUCUCGAGAAGAAAUUGGCCGAGGAGCAUGAAGCGUUCCUUAGGGAAGAAAAAUUACGCAAAGAGUUGGAGGCCCAAGGAGUUAAACUGCUUCAAGAAAAGAACGAUCUCUUCAUGCAACUAGAGGCGGAGCGUUCCGGAGCUUCCGAUAUCGAGCAACGCCUUAAUAAAACUCUAGCUCAGAAGAACGAUCUGGACCGGCAGCUCAGAGAUGUUGAAGACCGUCUGCACCGUCAAGAGGAUGAGUACCAGAGGCUCACCUCAAACAAAAAGAAACUUGAGGGAGAACUCUCUGGAUAUAGGAAGGAUAUUGACGACUUACAGUUAUCUCUGCAGAAGGCCGAACAGGACAAACAGUCUAAAGAUCACCAGAUUAGAAGCCUUAAUGAUGAAAUUCAGCAUCAAGAUGAGCUCAUCCAAAAGCUAAACAAGGAAAAGAAGCACCUGCAAGAAGCAGGACAAAAGAGUGCAGAGGAUCUUCAGGGUUUGGAGGAUAAGGUGAACCACUUAAAUAAAGUAAAAACCAAACUUGAGCAGACCCUUGACGAGCUGGAAGACUCCCUUGAGCGUGAGAAGAAGACCCGCGCUGAGCUCGAUAAAAACAAACGCAAAGUCGAAGCUGAUCUGAAACUCGCGCAAGAAGCCGUUAUUGAUCUCGAAAAGGCAAAGAAAGAAGCUGAACAGGCCAUACAGCGUAAGGACAAAGAGUUGGCAGCCAUUCAGGCCAAGCUGGACGAUGAACAAAGCAUUGUUGCCAAGCUUCAAAAGCAAAUCAAAGAACUGCAGCAGCGUGUUGAAGAACUAGAGGAAGAACUCGAAGCUGAACGACAGGCGCGAUCGAAGGCAGAAAAGCAACGCGCCGACCUUGCACGCGAGAUCGAAGAGCUUUCUGAGCGUCUCGAAGAAUCCGGUGGUGCAACUUCCGCCCAGAUCGAGUUGAACAAGCGACGCGAAAGUGAGUUAGCUAAGCUGCGACGUGAUCUGGAAGAAUCGAAUAUGCAGCAUGAACAGGCAAUCUCGGCAUUGCGCAAAAAGAAUAACGAGCAGACAGCCGAAAUGGCGGAAACCAUUGAAAAUCUUACAAAGGCUAAAGCUAAGAGCGACAAAGAGCGCGCCACGUCUCAAGCCGAGGUGACAGACCUACAAGGUCUACUGGUUCACCACACCAAGCAGCAAGCAAACCUCGAAAGGCAGGUGAAACAAUUCGAGCAACAAUUAGCCGAUACCCAAUUUAAGCUGGAUGAAUCGAACCGCACGCUUAAUGAUUUUGAUGCCGCCAAGAAGAAGUUAUCUCUUGAGAACGGUGAUUUGCAACGACAGCUUGAGGAAGCUGAAAGCAUGGUGAGUCAGCUAUCGAAGCUCAAGGCAUCGCUCGCCAACCAAGCUGAAGAGGCCAAACGCACCGCCGAUGACGAAGCGCGUGAACGCACUGCUAUCAUGGGCAAAUACCGCAAUAUCGAACACGAUAUGGAGAACAUUCGGGAGGCCCUCGAAGAGGAGCAAGAAGCAAAGGCUGAUUUGCAACGCCAAUUGUCGAAAGCGAAUGCCGAGGCUCAACUUUGGCGUGGCAAGUAUGAGUCUGAGGGCCUGGCACGUCUUGAAGAACUGGAGGAAAGCCGCCGCAAACUUCAAGUAAAACUUGAGGAAGCUGAAGGAACAAUCGAAGCUUUGAACGUGAGGGUGUCUGGCCUAGAGAAGACCAAGCAACACCUGCAAGGUGAAGUCGAGGACAUGCAGUGCGAAGUUGAUCGUGCACAACAGUUGGCCGCACAAUUGGAGAAGAGGCAAAAGUCGUUUGACAAAGUCAUUGCGGAAUGGAAGGCCAAGGUUGACGACCUCGCUGCCGAGCUGGACGGCUCUCAGAAAGAGUGCCGAAACUACUCAACUGAGGUAUACAAGCUCCGUGCUGCUUACGACGAAUCGCAAGAACACUAUGAGGCAGUGAAGAGGGAAAACAAAAAUCUCCAGGAUGAACUUAAGGAUCUCAUGGAUCAACUUGGCGAGGGUGGUAGGUCCGUCCACGAGCUUGAAAAGACCAGGAAAAGGCUAGAGCUUGAAAAGGACGAGCUCCAAGCUGCACUUGAGGAGGCUGAAGCUGGUCUUGAACAGGAAGAAAACAAGGUGCUUCGCGCCCAGCUAGAAUUGAGCCAAGUACGCCAAGAGAUUGAACGCCGAAUUGCCGAGAAAGAAGAGGAGUUUGAAAAUACUCGCAAGAAUCACCAGCGUGCGUUGGACUCAAUGCAAGCUUCCCUGGAGGCUGAAUCGCGCGCCAAGGGUGAAGCCCUUAGAAUGAAGAAAAAACUUGAGUCGGACAUCAAUGAGCUCGAGAUUGCCCUUGAUGGCGCCAACAAGGCGAACGCCGAGGCACAAAAGACGAUCAAGAGGUACCAGCAAAAUCUUAAGGACACGCAAACAGCGUUAGAGGAAGAGCAGCGCGCACGCGACGAAGCUCGGGAACAGUACGCUAUGGCCGAGCGCCGUUGUAAUCAGAUGCAUGGAGAACUUGAAGAAGCUCGCCAGCUUCUAGAUCAAUCUGAGCGCGCACGUCGUGGUGCCGAGACUGACCUGGCCGAGCUACGCGAUCAGGCCGCAGAAAUGUCGGCCAACAACGCCUCGCUUUCAAUGGCUAAGAGAAAGCUUGAAGGAGAGAUGCAAGCCCUGCAGGCUGACCUUGACGAAAUGCUCAAUGAGGCUAAGCAGAGCGAGGAAAAAGCCAAGAAGGCCAUGGUAGAUGCUGCACGUCUUGCAGAUGAACUUCGCGCCGAACAGGAGCACUCGGCUUCGCAGGAAAAGAUGCGUAAGAGUCUGGAAGCUCAAAUGAGGGAUAUGCAGGUCCGUUUGGAUGAGGCUGAGGCUGCUGUCCUCAAGGGUGGCAAGAAGCUCAUCGCUAAACUCGAACAGAAGUGCCGUGAACUCGAAAGCGAACUCGAAAAUGAGCAACGCCGUCAUGCCGACUCUGCUAAAAAUUACCGCAAGGCCGAGAGACGUAUAAAGGAAUUGCAGUUCCAGAAUGAAGAGGACCGUAAGAACCAUGAGCGAAUGCAAGACACCGUCGACAAACUGCAGCAGAAGAUCAAGACAUACAAGCGACAGAUUGAAGAGGCAGAAGAAAUCGCUGCUCUUAAUCUUGCUAAGUUCCGCAAAGCUCAACAGGAACUUGAGGAUGCGGACGAGCGCGCCGACCUCGCCGAGCAGAGCCUGGCUAAACUUCGUGCUAAAAAUCGCUCCGCCAGCGCGGGACGUGCUACGUCGCCCGCCAUCUUCUAAGGCCACCGUGCAUCAACAAUGGUCGUCGACUGAAAAUCCAGCGAUAUCCCUAUUUGGGUUAUAGUGUUUGUUUUAUUGUUUUAAAAAGGGGACGCUGUGCGGUUCGUUGAAGAUGCAGAACAAAUAAUACAAUUACAAUAUUUUAGACAUCCACUAUCCAACCAAGUUCUAUCCCUGCAUAAUUAAGCUUGGGCGCCUUUCUUCCACUCAUAUAAUCAUCAGUACCGCUUCGUGUUAUAAUUAGGUCGAUCUUAGUGUGCUAGCCAGGCAUGCGUGUGUGCGAUAAUCAUAUUAAGACAUAAAUGGAAAAAGAAGGAGCACGAAGUGACAAACUGUCGACGUCCCGUGGAGUUUUAGGAUCCAUUCCGCUUCUAACUUGACGUGGAAAGGGGACAUACAUCGCGCUGCUUCACUUCGUCGACAUCGAAAGAGAGCCGUUUGUGUCCUAUCUCUUCCACGAAGAACAGAUGCGGCAGAAACUCAGCACGUUUAUCUUCACAGCGCUUUACAAGAUACAUAAGACCCAAACAAAAUACGAACCCCAACGUGGCCUUUGCUACCAACAGACGAAGCUGACGACUAUAUGGAUAUGUUCAUAAUAAUAAUGACUAGCCAAAACGAAAACAUCAACUUGAAAAUAAGUAUCGGCUUAGCAUGCGGCGCCAGGAAACAAUAAGUGUCUUCUAUUAACAUCUGUGCUAUUGGCAUGACCAGUAGCGUAAUACUAGGGAAGAAAGAGAGAGAGAGAGAGAGAGAGAUAGAGAGAGAGAGCGAGCGCGACAUUGCUGUUAAUGCAAUUAUAGGAAUCACAGCGAGUGGAGAAACUGCACAGUUUGGUAAUUUCAGUACAAUUUGAAUAAACGAAGAUAAACGGUUGCAUCUUA